AUGGCCGAUAAUAGACUAGCCGAAGCAAAAGCUGAUCCAUCACAACCAUCUUUCCUCGAUUUGCCGGUGGAAAUUGCAUCGAAUAUCGCUAGACAGUGCAGAGUGAAGACGAGACACAGUCUAUCACUGACAUCGAAAACGCUUUAUUUGUUCGACGCUCAUCUAGGUUAUAACAUUCAUCAAAUACGAAUCUCAAGUGCAACUCUACGAAAUUUUGACGGCGGGCAUGUGCCAGGAAUCAGAAUCGAUAUUUUCCUUUUAAAUCCACGAGAUUCGGUAACAUACCAUUUCUUCAAUUUCGACGGCUUCACAGACGUCACAAAGCAUUUCACAAGUGUGCCAGGCCAAAAUUAUUUGACAAUUGCCCUAAAGAUAUACCAACGAUUCGUACAUAACUCAAUUAUUACCAGAAUUGACUUUUCGUAUUGCUCGCAUUUUGUCGAUAAAAUUCCAAAUAUAUAUUGCGAAAAGACGACAAUUCUCAUGAACCAGUUGGUCCAUCUCGAGAAGCUUUUUGAGAAACUGGAAAACAAGCAUAUUCAAUAUUUGGAUAUUACUUUACUCACUGAUACCCUCAUCACUAGAAAAUAUCCAGAAAUAAUAAAUGCUGUUUGUUUGACACUUUCCGCUAGAAUCACAUCCGAAGUAUUCAUGUCCUUGACUUCACGAUGGGUGAUCAUUGAGAAAACUUGCGUCGACACUGAUAUGCUGCGGGCGUUUAGAUGGUCAAAUGGUGAGGGCUCAAAUGACUUUUUGUAUCUUGUCGCUGCUGGAUAUGACAUCGAUCUUGACAGAGUUACAAAAGAUAUAAACAAGAUGAAGUUCACUUCGGAAAUGUAUCAAUUCAUAUCCGGAGAAGAUUUCUUCCGAAUGGACAAGUUCUUCCAAGCUGACAUUUGUUUUCAAGUAUUCAGCAACGUCAACUCAGAUUCCGCAACAUUGGGAAUCUACCAAGGGAAGGUUUGUUUUGCUGUCACUGGCAAAUUGAUCGACAUGGACUUCCAAUUGGCACACCCAAUAAUUCCCGUUGAGUAUUAA